UGUGUUAUCGAUAACCCAGCUGCUUGGUUUCCAUGGCAGCUAUUAUUUUGGCCCAAACAAAACGUAAAUAAAAUGUAAAAACCUGCAAACGAUGCAGCUGCUUUGAAUGAAAAAAAAAUGCGUGGCGUUCUGAAAUGGUUGGAGCGCAUCGAGUUUCCGAAUGCCAAGGAUGAGAACACCAGCGUACAUUCCGUUUGCUACUCGCCCGAUGGCAGCCAAUUGGUGGUCGCUGCAGGUGAGCGAUUGCUCAUCUACAAUCCCAACGACGGCUCCUUGCUGAACACCCUGAAGGCGCACAAGGAUAUUGUCAAUGCGGUGGUUUAUUCGCGCGAUGGCAAACGCUUUGCCAGCGGCGCCGCCGACAAAAUGGUCAUUGUGUGGUCUCCGCAGCUGGAGGGGCUGCUCAAGUACUCCCACGGUGACUCCAUUCAGUGCAUGUGCUUUAAUCCCGUGUCGCAUCACUUGGCCUCCUGCUCGACCUCGGACUUUGCCUUCUGGUCGGCGGAUCAGAAGGCUGUGCAAAAGUAUAAAAUUGGUUCGCGCGUAAAUGGCUGUGCCUGGACCAACGAUGGACAAUAUUUGAUCCUUGGCCUGACGAACGGCAGCGUGUCCAUACGCAGUAAAUUGGGUGAAGAGAAGGGUCGCAUUGAGCGUCCUGGUGGUCCCAACAGCUCCGUGUUCAGCGUACAGUGCUGUCCGGCAAAUGGCGCUGGCAAUGUGGACACCAUUGCCAUUGCCGACUGGGGCCAGACGCUGUCGUUUCACACGCUCAACGGACAGAUGAUUGGCAAGGAGCGUGCCCUGGGCUUCGAUCCGCUCUGCAUGCAAUACUUUCCCAAUGGCGAAUUCUGUGUGGUGGGCGGCUGUACGGAGAGCUUGCACUUUUUCACGCGCGAUGGCGUUCGCCUGGGCACGCUCGGCGAUGGCUUCAACUCGUGGAUCUGGUCGGUGGCACUGCAUCCGAAUGGCCAAUCCUACAGCAUUGGCUGCCAGGACGGCACACUGGCCUGUUUCAACAUUGCAUCCAGCACCGUGCAUGCUUUGUACCGGGAGCGUUAUGCUUUUCGGGAGAACAUGUGCGAUGUGAUUAUUCAGCAUCUGAUGUCGGGUCAAAAGGUGCGCAUCAAGUGUCGCGAUCUCGUCCAGAAAAUAGCCAUCUAUAGAAACCGCCUGGCCGUGCAGCUGCCGGAGCGUGUGGUGCUCUACGAACUCAGCUCCACAGAGAAUCAGCCCAUGCACUACAAGGUCAAGGAGAAGAUCCAGCAAAAGUUCGAUUGCAGCCUGCUGGUCGUGUGUGGCCUAAAUAUUGUGCUGUGCCAGGAAAAGCGGCUGCAGUGCUUGGACUUUGACGGCGCACUGCAACGUGAAUGGAUCAUGGACUCGUUCAUACGCUAUAUCAAGGUGACCGGCGGUCCGCCGGGUCGCGAGGGUCUCAUGGUGGGUCUGAAGAACGGUCAAGUAUUUCGCAUAUUUCUCAACAAUUCGCUGCCGCUGCUCAUCACGACGGCGGUGUCGGCGGUGCGUUGCUUGGACAUCAAUGCGAAUCGCAGCAAAAUUGCCGUUGUGGACGAUGCUGGGCGGCUGGUGGUGCGCGACCUGCUCAACGACAGCAUACUCUAUCAGGAUGUGGGCGUGAACAGCGUCACCUGGAACACAUAUCUGGACACAAUGCUCUGCUACACGCACACCAGCGGCGGGCUGAGCGUGCGCGUGGGCAACCUGCCGCCCAGGGCGCCACAGAAUAUGCACGGCGUCGUUGUGGGCUUGUGUGGAGCGACUGCUUUUUGUCUGCGCGGCAACAUUAUGCAUAAUACGCCGCUAGCUCUGGGCGCCACCAUGUGGCAAUUCAUCGAGGCGGGCCUGUUUGAUGAGGCCUAUCAGGUGGCCUGCCUUGGUGUCACCAUCAGCGAUUGGGAGGGCCUGGCACAGUCUGCUCUGGAGGCGCUGCACAUAAAUAUAGCACGCGAUGCAUACGUCAAAGUGCGCAAUUUGCCCUGGCUGAAGGUCAUCAGCGAGCUGCGGGAGCUGCAGCAGCGCGCCGCAGUGCCCAAGGAGGUGCUUCUCGGCGAGAGCUGCGCUUUUGCUGGCAAAUUCAAGGAGGCGGCACGCCUGUUUCUCAAAUGCGGUCAUUCCUCGCGCGCCUUGGAGAUGUACACAGAUCUGCGCAUGUUUGAUUUGGCCCAAGAGUACCUAAAGGAUGGCAGCGAAGUGGAGAAGCGUGAACUGGUGCGCAAGCGCGCGGAAUGGGCAUACUCUGUCAAGGAACCGCGCGCAGCGGCCGAGCUGCUGCUCUCCGCUGGCGAGCACCAGAAGGCCAUAGACAUUGUAGCCGAACAGGGAUGGGCGGAUGUGCUCUAUGACAUUGGCCGCCGCUUGAGCCUCAGCGAACGCGACGCCGUGCAGUCGGUGGCACAGAAUCUUAAAAAGCUCAAAGCUUUGCCACUCGCCGCUGAAAUGUUCAAAAAGCUGGGCGACGAGGCGCAAGUAGUGCAACUGCAUGUCGAGGUCCAGGACUGGCCAGAGGCCUUUCGCUUGGCGGAGGGUUUGCCACAGCUGCUGCCCACGGUGCACUACCAGCAUGCACAGUGGCUGGCGGAAACGGAUCAAUUUAUAGAGGCGCAUCAGGCUUAUCUGAAAGCUGGCCGCACCAAAGAUGCGAAUCGCCUGCUGAAACAGCUGAGCAAAACGGCCAUUGCCGAGGAGCGUUACCUGGAUGCCAGCUACUUUUACUGGCUGCUGGCCAAGCAGUAUCUGGAUAUCUAUCACGAGAAACCGGAACAAAAUGCCAUUGACCAUCAUCUGAACGAGUACAAAAACCAUUUGCGCAUUGCCAAGGUCUACUAUGCCUACAGCGUCAUCUACAACUAUAUGAAGGAACCAUUUACAACCUACUCGCCGGUUAGCCUCUUCAAUGUGAGCCGUUUCAUAUUCAACGAAGUGGAGAACAAGGGCGCGCCAAAGGGCGUGAGCAUGUUCUCGGUGCUGUUCACGCUGGCCAAACAGGCCAAGCUGCUGCAGGCCAACAAGCUGUGCCUGCUGGUCAAUAAGCGUCUGCAGUCGCUUAAACCACCUGCUGGCGUGCAGGAGCAAAUCGACCUAAAUUUCCUGAACAGCAAGGCCUGCAAGAGCGGCUUCAAUGAUCCCGAGGAGCUGCUGCCCUUGUGCUAUAAGUGCUCCAACUACAGCCAGCAUUUAAAUAACAAUACUUGCCCCACCUGCAGACAGGAUUAUAUAUUUUCCUUUGUUUCAUUUGAAAUCUUGCCUUUAGUACAAUUCCAUCCGGAGGUGGACAUUACCGAUGCCGAGGCGGAGCGUUUGCUUCUGGCGCCGACCAAAAAUGCCGAGGAUGCGGAUCCAUUUAAUGAGGAUGUGGCCAGCGCGCUGCCGUUGAGCUUAGAUCGCAAUGCAUUGCGCGCCAUUGAUCCCAAUCAUGUGCUGAUACUGAAGCGCCAGGACAAGCACAUACGCAACAUAUAUUAUCGCAAUAUAUUGCCCGAUCUGCAGGUUACCUACUGCCCGGAGUGUCUGCUGCUUUUCUAUGCGGAGGACUUUGAGCUGCAGGUGCUGCAAAAGGGCCACUGUCCGUUCUGUCGCACUUCGUCGGACAAGCUGCUGGAAGACUUUUGAGUGCAAAAUAGAUUUAAGAAUUGUAUUGUUAGCUUAUGUUUAAGGCUGUACGUGAUGUAUUUCCCAUAUCCGUCCGACAAAUAUAAACUAAUUACAAAAUUGUUAA